CACGUGCCCCUUCGCGGUUGCAGAUAUGAUUCAGAGGAAGGAGGUGGUACGCUUUGUUCUGGAGCGACUGCAAGAGGCCACAGAAUGCACAGGCCUGGACUCCUUGCUCAGGGUGGCCCAGGAGGUCCAGCUAGCCUUGACCAUGUUCCGCCUCCCUGCAGCCCCCUGUAGGCAGUUCCCAGUUGGAGUAGAUGUAGACCAGGUGGCACACUGCCUUUACCCCAGUGAUGCUCCUGGUGACAUGAUCCCACUGGCCUGCGAAGGGGAGGGCAACCUUCUGUUUGAUGCGGCCAGCAUUUUGCUAGUGGGCAACACAAGCCUCAGCCUUGAGCUGCAGGUGAGAACGGUUGUGGAGAUGCUUCUGUGGAAGCGGUACUAUCUCAGUGGGAUGAUUGACUCCAAGGUGAUGCUUCAAGCAGCCCGGUUCUCCCUCUGCACAGAUGAAUCGGUGGAGAUGCUCAAGUUGCCAAUGGCUGUGUUAGAAGCCAUUUUUGAUGCAGAUGUGAAGGCAUCCUGUUUUCUUGGCUCAUUUGCCAAUAUGUGGCAUGUCUAUGCCUUGGCCUCUGUCUUGCAGUGCAGAAUCUACUCAAUCUACCCCAUGUACAACUUGAAGAUUCGUCCAUACUUUAAUCGCCUGAUCCGACCCAGGGCAUUGUCACCAGAUUCUGAUCCAAUGAUCCUCCACAUCAUGUGGUCAGGUGAGCUAGAGUCCAUGUCAGUCUUCAAGCCUCAUCAUUUUGUAGCGUUGGUUCCUACACAUAACCUAUGGAUGGGUAGUCCCAGUGCUGAGGAUCAAGGUCUUCCACUGAAGACCCUAGAACUUCUAAACCAGAACCCUCAGCUUUCUUACUCGAGCCUUAAAGACCGGUACAACAUUACGAAGAGUACAUUCUACAGAUGGAAGAGGCAGACCACAGAACACCGCAAGAAAGCUGCAGCGAGAUAUGAGGCCAAACAGUUUCUCCAGGCCUGUUAUAAUGAAGGAAAGCUGCUGCCCCUUCAUCAGUUCAAGGAAUUUUUCCCUGACAUUUCUCGUUCGACAUAUUAUGCCUGGAAGCAUGAGUUGCAAGCCACUGGUGGCUCAAUUGCAACACACAGUGAUGAAGCUGGAUCUGGAGAAAAUUUUGACCGGGAUUCAUGGUCUUCAACUGAGGGCAACCUCAGUCACUGCAACGAAAGUGUGACCAACAUGGUGACUUCUAACAUUGAUAAGUUUGGAGGAGAUCGGGCCCAAAUUCUUGCUUUUAUGCAGGAGGCAAAAAAAUGUCUGCAGAGCUGCAUUGCACUGAACACUGCUUUUCCAUACAGGAACUUCAAGAAAAGUUUCCCGGGUAUCUCAAGAUCAACAUACUACAAUUGGAGGAGAGAGGCCAUGCAGGCAAACCCUGGUUUUAAAGAUUUCUUUGGAAGCAGUGAAGAUGGCUCUGAUGCUGACCCUCUUCUGCAUGAUGCACAGUGGCCAGUUCCUAGUCUGAAGGUGUGCAAGCAGAAACACAAGAUCUUGCAGUUGUCCUACCUUCAGAAGAAGAAACUUAGAGAUGAGGCCAAGAAGCGUGCCCAGAGGUCAAAGAUGGUCUUUGCGAAAUUCAAGCUGAGGUAUCCCUCCAUCUCUUCCUUUUUUUAUUGGAGGUGGAAGAGGGCUUCUAACCUUAAGGAUAAAGAGGCAGUGACCUUGGAGACUGAUUGGUCCAAGGUUUCAAAUGGCCCUGAGGCAGUUGCCAUAGGAGAACAGAAUGUACUCCCCUCAGUGAAAAACACUGGACAUUUUAAUAAGCAGAAACUGAACCCUUAUAAUGUGACCCUGUCGGGAUACAGUGUCCCUGAGAAACAUGUGAACAACAAGGAUUUCGUCAUGGAUGUUGUAGCCUUGGCUAACUUCAAGGCCAGAGCCAAGUUAUUCCUACAGCAACGUUUUGAGGAAAACUCAUUCCCCUCCUUCAAGGAGUUCAGCUCUUACUUCCCCCUCACCCCCAGAUCGACCUACUACAUGUGGAAAAGAGCUUUACACCAUGGACUGCCCUUAGUUCAUGGUUGAUCAGAGGAUGGAAGGUAGUGUUGAGUACGGGAGGUGUGUUU